AACGUGUUAUGUCCGGUGGUACGAUACGCGAUCGAACGAAUGUGAAUCGAGUCGACGAACUAACGUUAUUUCUUUUUUGUAAACAAAACUUGUUAGAAAAAUAUUCUCAAAAUGGAUGUAAAAAGUUCAGAGAUUAUGUGGAGUCCGGAUCCGAAAAUAAGAACGAAGAUGGAUGAGUUCAGAGGGAUUAUUAAUAGCUUUUAUAACCUGGAAAUCGAAACAUACGAUGACCUAUGGCAGUGGUCAGUGGAUCACUAUGCUGAAUUCUGGGGAGAAUGCUGGAAAUAUUUUGACAUUGUCCAUUCUCAAUCAUACACCAGGGUAGUUGAUCCAAAUAAAGGAAUAGAUGAAGUACCAGUGUGGUUUGAGGGCAGCAGACUCAACUUUGCUGAAAAUCUUCUGAGGUAUAGAGAUGACAGGGUUGCUCUAUUUGCUGCAGUGGAAGGAAACAAAGAAGUUGAAAGGAUAACGUAUGCUGAGCUGCAUGACGUUGUUUGCCAGUUUGCUGCAGCUUUAAAGAAGAUGGGAGUCCAGGCAGGAGACAGGGUGGUUGGUUAUAUUCCCAACUGUGCAGUAGCAAUUGAGGCCAUGCUUGCAGCAGCUAGUAUAGGGGCCGUUUGGAGCUCCACAUCACCAGAUUUUGGAGUAACUGGUGUGUUGGAUAGGUUCAAACAGAUCAAACCAAAGGUAAUCUUCUCUGUGGAUGCUGUCGUCUAUAAUGGCAAGACCCAUGACCACCUUGCUAAGCUAAGGCAGGUCGUAGAUGGACUCCCGGAACUGGAGAAGGUUGUCGUCAUACCCUACGUCAGAGCACCGGCUGAACUUGACCUCUCAAACAUUCCAAAUAGCACAUUUUUGCCAGAUUUUUUGGCGUCUGGUCGGGAGACAGAUGGCACCUUCCCACCAUUGGAGUUUGAACAGUUACCCUUCAACCAUCCUCUCUUCAUUAUGUAUUCAUCUGGCACCACAGGAGUACCAAAGUGCAUGGUCCAUUCUGCAGGGGGCACACUCAUUCAGCAUCUGAAAGAGCACAUACUCCAUGGCAAUAUGAGGAGAGAAGACAACAUAAUUUAUUAUACAACGACUGGAUGGAUGAUGUGGAACUGGCUAGUCUCUGGCUUGGCUGUAGGCAGUGGUGUAGUCCUCUAUGAUGGAUCACCUUUAGUUCCUGGACCUAAUGUACUUUGGGACCUCAUAGACAUGUUAGACAUUUCCAUCUUGGGAACUGGUGCUAAAUGGCUCUCUGUUCUUCAAGAUAAAGGAGUCCAUCCAAGAAAAACACAUAGACUUGAGAAGCUUCAUACAAUACUGUCUACUGGUUCACCUUUGACCCCUGCUUCAUAUGACUAUGUGUAUUCAUGUGUGAAGGAAGACCUUCUACUGGGCUCAAUAACCGGUGGGACUGAUCUGAUCUCAUGCUUUGCUGGUCAGAACUGGACAGUACCGGUUUACAGAGGAGAGAUCCAGGCAAGGAAUCUAGGAAUGGCUAUUGAAUCAUGGGGCGAAGAAGGCAAACCUGUAUAUGGAGAGAGUGGAGAGUUGGUUUGUAUCAAACCAUUCCCGUGCAUGCCAACUCACUUUUGGAAUGAUACUGAUGGAUUCAAAUACAAGAAGGCUUACUUUGCUAAAUUCAGAGGUGUUUGGGCUCAUGGUGAUUUUUGUACAAUUAAUCCGAAGACAAAAGGAAUUUAUAUGCAGGGUCGCAGUGACGGGACUCUGAAUCCAAAUGGUGUCAGAUUUGGAAGUUCAGAUAUUUACAAUAUUGUUGAACGUUUGAAGGAGAUCCAGGACAGUCUAUGUGUCCCUCAGAGGAAUGCUGUCAAUGAGGAGCGUGUUAUUCUCUUUCUCAAGAUGGCCCCAGGAAUGACCUUUGACCAGGAUCUGGUCAAGAGGGUCAAAGUUCAAAUCAGGUCUGAGCUAUCAGCCCGGCAUGUGCCUGCCCUUAUUCUGGAGACCAAAGACAUUCCAUAUACUAUCAGCGGUAAGAAGGUGGAGGUUGCUGUAAAGAAGAUUAUUGCUGGAGAGAAGAUCAUUCAGAGGGGAGCAUUUUCAAACCCAGAGUCUCUUGAUCUCUAUCAAGAUCUACCAGAAUUACAAGGUUAUGCCAAACCAGUCAAGAAUCCCGGCCCACCAAUUUGUGCUGAAGUCCAGGCAAAGAAAUCUUUGGUUCUCAAUACCAGUACAUCAACUUCCAGCAUCGAGUCCACCUCACCAGAAAAUUAGGCCCUAUCUUGUUAUUGUUGGAUUGCAGCGAACUUCUUUUUUCACAAUCAGUCUGACAAUGCUUAGCAUAUGCUUAUUGUGAGUAGCUUUAAAUGUCAACAGCAUUCUCAAAAAAUCAGAAAAUAGCUGCCCUAAAGACCAAUUUGAAAGAAUUGUUUUGUAUAGCUUUAAGGGAAUGUACAUGUAUUUAGACAUUACAUUUAACAAGGGUUAGCAAAUUGUUAAAGUAUUUUUUUUUGUAAAAGAAGAUUCCAGGAUAAAUCUGGAGUAAUGUGACUGAAAGUUUUGAGGUUAUUACACACUGAAGACUUCAUUGUAUAAUGAAAACUAAAUGUGUGUCAUUCAGUUCACCAGGAGUAGUAAAUUCAACCAAGGGUGGAUGGUCUCUCUUGAUUUUAUCAUGUAAAUUACCAGUAUUCAAAUCCAUGUUUCAUAUCAACAGAUAAUGAACUUUGGCAUGGGAAAAUGAAAAGAGUAGAUAUUUUCACAAUAUAGAUGUGACCGUGUGAAAGAGUCAAGUAUUGACUAUAUUUAACAUCAAUAAACAAAAGUUUAAUCAUUGUCUACAGGGACAGGGUUUUCCAUAGUACGAAUCAAUUUUUUGGAAAUUUAACAAUUCAUUAGUCAAAAAAAUAACCAAACAAAAAUUUCACUGAAGCUAUUUAGGCAUAGACACGUAGCUAAAUCUUUAAGGAGAUAAGUAAUUAACCAUUAAUUCCAUAUUCAAAUCAUUUUUAUAGCAAUUAUUACUAUAUCCUUUUGUUUCUUAUGUAUUCCAUGUCAGAAUUUGUUAGUUACCAUUUAAAAAAAAUGUAAAUCCCUAAACCAUGCAUUAGGUAUGGGGUUAUGUGCAAUUCUUGCUCUUACAGUAUUCAGCUAUAGAGAGAAGUCUGUAUAUUAAAGUUUUUGUUAUGUCCCUUCAUUUUAAACUUUGCUCAAUAUUCAAAUGAUUGUAGGUCUGGAGCAAGAUAUAUUGCAGCACAUGUGUUUUAUUCAGUCAAUUGAUUGUUUCCAGUCCAUGGAUCAGUCCCAGGGAUCAGUCCCAGGGUUCAGUCCAAUGGAUCGGUCCUAGGGAUCGGUCCCAGGGAUCGGUCCCAGGGAUCAGUCCCAUGGAUCAGUCCCAGGGAUCAGUCCCAUGGAUCAGUCCCAGGGAUCAGUCCCAUGGAUCGGUCCCAGGGAUCGGUCCCAGGGAUCAGUCCAGGGAUCAGUCCAAGGAUCGGUCCCAUGGAUCGGUCCCAGGGAUCAGUCCCAUGGAUCAGUCCCAUGAAUCAGUCCCAUGGAUCAGUCCAUGGAUCAGUCCCAUGGAUCGGUCCAUGGAUCAGUCCAAUGGAUCAUGAAUUAGGAUAUUAAUUGGAUAAAAACAAGAUGCAAUGUAAUUUAUAAUGGAUGCAAAAUUGUAGCCAAUCAUGACAAAUGCAAUUUAUUGAAAGCAUAAGACAAUACAAGCACUUGAGUCAUUAAAAAAAAGGAUUAUGAUGGUGCUUGUGAAAAUUCUUUCAAAACACAUGUAGCUGAAUGAAUUGAAAAAAAUGGGGAAAUCUUUAUAAUCAAACUCUUAUUUUUUUUUUUCAUUUUUCAAGCAAUGCUUAUGAACCUUGCAUUGUUCUUCAGAUGAAGAUAUACAUGAACCAACUUUUCAACGUUUCGGAAGCUGUGUUGUGUCUGUAAUGGUCUAUCGUUGUAAUAAAUCUAGGAAAAAACUUGCAGAUCAAGCCUCUUUCUUCCUCUGGGCGAUGUCCAUAAAAUGUUGCUCACAUUGGGUAUUGUUAUUGUUUAUCUUUGGAUAUAUUUCCAUUUGUUCAUGUGCAAUUCAAAGUGAUAUAAGAGAAUAAUGUCACUUUGAAAACAUUUUUUUGCUUAGUCAGUUUAAGAAGAGUCCCAUCAUGGAUGCAUUCUGGCAAUACCCACCUGGCUAUAACCUUUCACAAAAUACAUGCGAUGCCAGUAGAUCAACUCAGGGUGGCAGUAGUGUAAGAAUCAUGUUCUAUAUAUCUUGUAUUGUAUUGGCAAUGAGAUGAAUUCAUAGGAAUAUAUCAUGUGAUCAAGAUUGUAAGCUUCAUAACACAUUAUGAAUUGAUAUGACUUGAGAGAAGUGUGUUAUUACUUCCUGCCUAAACUAAGUAUGAUGUUAAGCUCAUGUGCAAAAUUGCUUCUAUAUUGGUUUUCAAAUUGUAUAAGCUCAUAUUUCGAUGUGUGUAUGUUAUUCAACAUAUUGUAGUUUUACUUGCAUGUUUGCAUGUGCAUCACCAUAAUGACCAUACAUCUCAGAUAAAAUGCUAAUUUUUGAGAUAAUUAACUAAUAAACUUGGUGAAAUGGAACACUAUCAGAAAGCUCAGUUCAUGCAUUAAAUGUCUGUGAUAGACACAGAGUCAAAUAGUUAUUGUAACGCUGAAGUUUUAUUCAUAUUGCAACCUUGUUGAAUUCGAACAGGUUGUAAAGACUAUAGCGAACACAAUUUUUUUUCUUUUUAAUGUGCCUGUAAUGAUGUUCAUAAGAAAUGCAAUAGUUGCUAUGUAUUUAUUUUUAUGUAGAAAUGAUAUAGAUUCACAUUAUACAAAGUGAUUACCAAGUAUAUAUAGGCACUCCCACUUUAUGUAAAUAGCUUUAAAUGUGAAUGUAGUUAUUAGGGUAUAUAAAAUGGCUGAUAGCUUUGUUUAUUUGUCCCCCUCCCCCCCCCACCAUUAGUCUCAUGCUUGUAUCACAGCAUAUCCUCAUAUACAAUCCCUGGUGAUCUCACACUGAGUCAUGGUUUCCUGCCCAAAAUGUCAUGCAUCGUUGGUCUAUGACCUUGGCAUCUCUGCCCCCUCCCUCUCUCUCUAUUUCCCUCUAUUUUGUCCAUGUUUCUUUUGAUGUCUGCACAAAUUCAUCAUGUUUGCUGUAAAGAAUGGGUUAUCAAUUAUGUGUUGGGGUACCUCUUUCUCUCGAAUAAUAUGUUGAUGUUAUGGAAAUUGUUUAUAUUAAUUCUCCUGCCUGGGUAUUGAUUUGUGAUGAAUUCAUCAGUUAUUUUAUUCUGUAAUUUAAACAAAAUACAUGUCUUCAUGUCAAUCUGUAUUGUCUUGUUUUAGCCAAUUCUUAAAUUAGAAUUCCAAUAGAUUACACCAAGAUACAUGAGUAUUCAUAUUUAUUUCAUGCUUGCAUGCCCGAAUUGAUAGGAAAGAAAAAAUGCAACAAAACCCUGAUUUCAAAAUCGCUCUCAGGGAUUAAAAUUUGUGUUUGUUUUCCAAUCAAAAUAGAAUUUCAUUUCAAUAUUAGCUUCCUGGUUCAUCUUACACAUAUUGUCUUUCCUAGGCUUCAUUUUUUAUUUUGAAUGUAGCAGUGAAGUAAUAUUUUUUUAUUGAUGCUACAUGUUAUUUAAUGCCUUAUAAGCUAUAAUAUGUAGAAGUGUUCACUUACUAAAAGGAGCAAUCUUUUGGAAGUCAGAGUAGGCACAGAAAUAUUUCAUGUGAUCAAAUUGUAACAUUAUUUAUUAAUUUAUGUUUAAAGAUUUACAUCUAGUCUCACAGUUAUAUAUAUCUGUGUGCUUCUAAAAAAAUACAAUCUUAUCAGGAAAUCUUUGACUUUUAGUUAUUUUUCCACAUUCCUUUCCCAUCGUGUAGGGCUGAGAAAAAUGAAUUAAAAGCUAAUAAUAUGCCUCAAUGUCUCGACAUGAGAGGUAGGUUCAUGGGAAAUAGUUGGUGUUUCUGAAAUAAUGGUGAAUAUUUUAUCAUGUGGUCCUUCAAGGUCUCUAUCAUGUAGGUAUUUUAGGUGAAUUUAUAUUUUUCUGUGUUACCCCAUACAUCUGUAGAAUUGAGUUGGAUAUAUGUAAUAAAUAUAUUCACAUGUUUGCAGUCAGCUGAAUAAAGACAAUACAAA